AAACAGGACAAGGCAGAAGAAGAAAUAUACAUACGGAAAAAGUAAAGGGGGGAGAAACAAGAAACCACCGAGCUGCUUCCAUGGUGGCCUGGUAUCUUGUAUGACUGUGACGACUGAGCUCCGCUUUAAUGGAAGUCGAAGUGAAAGACUUCCUUUUCCCGUCUUCCCUACUCAACCCUUUAACAAGUCGCGGAUGAGCUCGUCCCGCAGAGCCCCAGCUUACUCCUGCUCCUCCUCCUGCUCUUCUUCCCCCACCGACUCCCCUUUCGGAGAUGCCGCCCGCCGCGCCGCCGGGUUGACGGCGAUGGGCGACCGGCGCCAGUCCUUCUCGGAGCGGCGGCGUCUCACCAGGCAGAGGAAGCUCCGCCACGCCACCGACGACGAGCUCGGCCUCAGCCUCUCCCGGUCAACGCCUGUCUCGCCCGAGUCAACGCCCAAGUCGCGGUCCCCGCCGGGCGGGGUGAACCGUCGGUGGUCUACGGCGGUGCCCCAGCCUCUGCCCCUCCCCGAGCUCGUCUCGGGCCGGGCGGCCGGUCCCAGCAACUUCAGGUCGCCUCCCGCGGAAGGGCCUACUUCCGAGCUCGUGGGGCAUCAUAUUUCCAACGGUGUUUUUUCUUGCAGUAAUUCAAUUUGUAAACCUUCAGCAAAGACGAAUGAUCACUCAGCAUUAAAAGCAGCUAAACCGGCGACUUACUUUAGACGUGGAUUCUCCCAAAACUUAAACUUGGACAGGCACCACCUGAGACCAAACACCCCUGCAAGAAGUGCUCCUUCAAGCCCAGUUCUCAGCCCACCGAGAUCAUCAGCUCCAGCAUCUCAGGCCUGGCUAACCCUUGAACCUGGCAGAAACACGCAGAGCGCUGAUCAUUCCCCGCUCCAUAGCCCAACCUCAGGCCAAAACUUUAACUACCAGAAAAACCCGAGGAGUGUCACGUUUCCAUUGCAUCAUCAUAAAUCAACUUCGGACUCUCCUAGCUCUUGGUUUGAGAAUAAUCUGAAUGCCCACCCUCUACCCCUUCCACCAGGGCCACAACUUAUUUCACAGCAAUCUCCAGCUUAUAAUAAGUCGAAUAUGUCUUGCUCGAGAUGUCAGUGGCAGAAAGGGAAGCUAAUCGGCCGUGGAACAUUUGGGAGCGUUUAUGUUGCAACAAACACGGAGACAGGAGCUUUAUGUGCUAUGAAACAAGUGGACCUCGUACCAGAUGAUCCAAAAUGUGCCGAAUCUAUAAAACAGCUGGAGCAGGAAAUCAAGGUUCUUCGUCAACUGAAGCAUCCAAAUAUUGUGCAAUAUUAUGGUAGUGAAAUUACUGACGAUCACUUUUAUAUCUAUUUGGAGUACGUCUAUCCUGGAUCAAUCAACAAUUAUGUGCAGUACCAUUGUGGAGCUAUGAAUGAAUCAGUUGUCCGAAACUUUACUCGGCAUAUCCUAUCUGGACUUGCUUAUUUGCACAGUACAAACACGGUCCACAGGGAUAUCAAAGGGGCAAAUUUGCUUGUUGAUGCCAUGGGAGUCGUUAAACUUGCUGACUUUGGGAUGGCAAAACAUCUGACAGGGCAAGUGUCAGUCCUAUCUCUGAAGGGCAGUCCAUACUGGAUGGCUCCCGAGCUCCUUCUAGGAACCCUUACUGGUGACACGAAGCCUGAGAUUGCCUUUGCUGUCGAUAUAUGGAGCGUAGGCUGUACCAUUAUUGAAAUGCUGGACGGGAAACCCCCUUGGAGUGAUCUUGAAGGGCCUCAAGCAAUGUUCAAGGUUCUCAACAGAAGCCCGCCUAUACCUAAAAAUUUAUCAGCUCAGGGAAAGGAUUUUCUCCAGUGCUGUUUCCGGAGAAAUCCUGCGGAGCGGCCAUCAGCUGUUGAGCUACUUCAGCAUCCUUUCCUGAGGAACUCCCAUGAUCAACAUAUUCAUUUUCCUGGUCUGAGAUUCGUGUAGGAGAAAAAUCGAAAGCUGGAAAAUUCCUUUCACGAGGCGGAUGGAUCAUGAUGUAUUGAGCAACAUGAAACAACAUAUCUUCAGAUUGCAAAGUAACUUCCUGGUUAUGUGCAUUAUGUUUUCCAGGGAAAAUCAUCGCACCCAAGAGACUCUUCAAAGCAUAAAUUCAAGCUGAUCUCGAUCCUCUCCUGACAAGAGCUCACCUGCCAUUGAAGAUUUGAGAAGCCAUUUAGUUAGUUUUUCUUAGAAAAAACAAAUCUUAAUUCUGGAUAUACUACACGAGACGCUGCUGGGUUUAGAAAUCUUGGGAGGUGGCUAUAAGGGACACCAGCAGAAACUGAAUAGGAUGUUUCAAAUGUACAUAAGGGGAAAAGGUGUUUCUUCUCGAAUUGAUUUUUGUAGAUAUAAUUAUCUUGAUUGUAUACAAAUGUAGUUGUUUAUUGGGAAUUCCGUUUGUUCGACUGAACUGAUCAUUGUUCCUGAUGAUUGCAUGAGUGAACGUCGAAGAAGACCAAUUCAGGUUUCUAUGAAAAGGUCGAAUAUUACUGUC